AUGGACAACAGAUGCACACCGAUUAGUGAUCUAACAGAAAAAUCUCACGAUUGGAUGAUCAAGAUCAUUGUGAUGGAAAAAUCAAAUAUAUUCCCUGCAAAAGACCAAGGCUCUUUGUUCCAGCGUUUCAUGUUUGCAAAUGAAAAAAAUGAAACAAUUCAAGCAAUUGCAUUCAAUAGAGAUGUAAGCCAUGCAGACAACAAGCUUCAACUAUAUCAUGCAUAUUAUAUUGGCAAUGCCAGUAUAUCCCCUAUAACAGAUGCAAGAAAUCAAGCUGGAUCCCUGCCAUAUCGACUCACAGUAACAAAGGCCACCUUCAUUAAAGCAGCAACCAACGCAAAAGAAAUACAAUUUGAAGAUCAUUUCCCCAUUACUUCAUUUUGGCAGCUUGACAAAUACAAAAAUAGUGAUGUUGAUAGAUUUAAUAUCCUCUGUGCUAUUAUACAAGGAUUCCCAGAAACAAUCAUACCAACUGCUAGAGGACCUCGAACAAUUCGGAGAUUUGUUGCUGUAAACCCAGAAUGCAGACCAAUGAUUUUCACCAUGUGGGAGCCAUUCGUCUAUAUUGAAGGAAUUCAACUGAUGAAUAUGAUUCACACAAAUCCAGUCAUACUGAUUAUCAGGCCAAAGAUCACAGCAUUUCAUGCAAUUGAUAUCACUACAAGACCGAAUACUACCAUAGUUCUUGAUCCCCCACUUCAACAAGCAGCCACAAUGAAAAUCUGGAUCGAUGAGAACAGAUCAUACAUUCACAAAGUCAUCAAUGAGAAAUUAUAUGAAAAGGACAAGCAGCAGCCAGUUCCACCACUUCAAACCCAAAUACGGCCAAUCUCACAGAUCAUUUCUUCCACACCACAGAUGAAACAUUUCUGGAUCAAAGGAAUGCCAUUAAUAGUAAAUCUCAACCAACGCUUUUUCUCUCCUACUUGUCCUACUUGCAACAAGUCUACUGGCGCUUUGAUGGAUGUUGAAUUUGAUUGUAACUUUUGUGAUUCCAAAAACAAAAUUCCAAGACCAAAAGCCAAAGUCCAGCUCAAUAUCACCGAUGACACCGGAUUCCUAUCAAUCACAGCAGAGGACAGGCAUGCAGAAACAUUACUUGGAUUCACUGGUUCAGAAAUCUAUGAAAGAUACCUCAAGCAAGAUCCAAUUCCCAUCCAGCGCAUCAAUGAAGAAUUACAGAGGCAAACACUACUUUGUGAAGUCAGAUCAUAUUGGCCACCUCAGAGACAAUACACGCCACUCUACUUUUUAACAGCAUUCAUCCCAGAAGAAUCAGCAGGUGAAACUCUCUCUGAUCAACUGGCUCAGACCACGCCACCAACACUACUAACAGGACCAACAUCUGCACUCAGCAAUACAGCUGAAGAAACUGUUUCAGACACAAAUGUCACUGAAAUACCUGCCUCUUCAACCUCACUGUUAGCAGAAAUGUCAUCAUCCGUCAAGCACAAUCUUGAGCCAGAUUUCUCUCAGGUCACAAAACAUCAAAAACUAGACUAA